AUGUCUCUAUACCCUUAUAAUCUUGCCGGCGAUGUACAGCCAAAAAUUACAGGCCUCAGACGUCAGCUUAGCCAUCCACACCUAAAUAAAUUUAAAGAAGCCAAAAAGGAGUUAGGGGCUAUUUACGAAGACAUUUUAAGUUAUGUAUCCGAAAGUUACAAAUUUACUGAGGAACAAAGUAAAGAGGAGAGGUUUGCCAAACUUAUAGGACAGGGGAUUCAAGCUGAAGUUGAGCAUCACCUUCAAAAAAUCCGUAAUAUUCAGGAAAUUAUUGCUCGCAAUCAAAUGAAAUGUGCUUUUUUUGGGAGAACAUCGAAUGGAAAGAGUACUGUUAUCAAUGCAAUGUUGGGUUCAAAAUUGUUACCUUCUGGUUUGGGUCAUACUACCAGUUGCUUUCUUGAAAUUCAAGGGACAGAUCAGGAUUCAGGAUAUCUUCUAAUGGCUGAUUCUGAUAUUAAUACGAGGGAAACAUCAGAUAUUUCUCACCAGGCUCGUCCUAUUGAUUCCGUUAGCCAGCUGGCUCACGCUUUGAGUAAUGUCAAACUUUCUGCCGAUACACUACUAAAAAUAUUCUGGCCAAGUUUACACUGUAGGCUGUUACGUGAAGAUGUUGUUCUAUUGGAUAGUCCUGGGAUAAAUGUCGAUCCAGAUAUGGAUAAAUGGAUUGAUCUCCACUGUUUGGAUGCGGAUGUUUUCAUUCUUGUCGCAAAUGCUGAGUCGACAUUAAUGCAAGCUGAGAAAGACUUCUUCCAUAAAGUUAGUCAGAAGUUGUCCAAACCGAAUAUUUUUAUCAUUAAUAAUCGUUGGGAUGCUUCAGCAAAUGAGAUCGAAUAUAUUAAAGAGGUACGUGAACAACACCUGCAACGUUGUGUGGCGUUUCUUGUUGAUGAAUUAAAAGUGUGCACACGGGCAGAGGCAGAUGGACAUGUUUUCUUCGUUUCAGCUCGUGAAGUUUUGGCGAUGAGGACAAAAGCGAAUUUGGGCGAAAAUCCACAUUUAGGUCCUCCUGGAGCAGCUGCAAGUAUUGGAUCUCCUUUGCCAGCAGUUGCUUAUAUGGCUGAAGGUUGGCAAGAUAGACUUGUGGAAUUCACAAAUUUCGAAACUGUUUUCGAGAAAAAUCUUUCCGAGUCUGCUACUCGUACAAAAUUUGCAGCUCAUUCUGAACAAGGCAAGGAUGUAGUGAAUAGAUUUCGAGCAAUCAUGGAAAAUAUCUAUGAGACUACAGUCGAAGAAAAAGAUGCUGCUGUUCGUUGUCGUCGUCUCUCUCAAGCACAUCUUGAAGAAGUACGUGCUCGGUUAAUGAAGACAACUCAAGCUGUAGAUGAAAUGCUUCAUGCUAGUUUGGCUCGUGUUGAAGCUCAAGUAGCUAGUGCUUUAAAUGCUGAAAUUCGACGUUUAAGUGAACUUGUCGACAGUUAUUCACGUCCUUUUCAUCCAGAUCCAGCUUUAAUUCACGUAUACAAGCGGGAGCUAAAUACUCAUAUUGAACGUGAAUUAGGCAGAAAACUUACUGAAGCAUGUUCUAGUGAUAUUCUCAAUGAAGUUGCUCGAUGUGAGCAGUUAAUGAUGAAUAAACAUGCGGCAAUUGUUUCAGAUGAAGCUUGUAAAAAUCGUAUACUUCAGCUAGUUGAUCCUACUGCGUUUUCUCCUGAAUUCCAUCUUGAUUGUCGUAAUUUAUGUGCAAAUUUUCACGAAGAUAUUCAAUUUCGUUUUUCUCUCAGUUUAGGCACUCUGUUUCAACGGUUAUCAGUUCCACGUCGUUCAAUAAAUAAUUAUAAUUGGACACAGUCUGAUGGAAUUCCUUCCAAUUUGGUUAACUCUUCUCUAUUACCUAGAUCUUCAUUGACAGUUGAUUUAUUCCCAUCUCUUAUGAGCCGAAGUGCUGUUGGUACUGUUAUUGUUUUGGGAAUUAUGUCUAAAGCUGUUGGUUGGCGAGUUCUAGCACUGGCUUGUGGACUAUACGGUGGUCUCUAUUUAUAUGAAAGACUUUCUUGGACAAAUAAAGCCAAAGAGAAUGCUUUCAAACGUCAAUAUGUUGAUUUCGCUUCACAUAAAUUACGUUUAAUUGUUGAUUUAACUAGUACAAAUGCCCGCCAUCAAGCUAAAAGAGAGUUACAUUUGGCGCAUAAGAAGUUGUCCACGGAAGUGGAGAAUUUCAGUGAUAAUUUGGUAGAAGAAGUGAAACAAUUAGAUAAUGAUAUUAAUCGUCUGGAUUUCAUUACUACAGAGGCGAGGAAGCUUAAAAAUCGUGCUAAUAUCUUGGGGAAUAUUUUGAAUAAAUUCCAUGAAACAUUCAUUUUGAAUCCAUGGAAUGAAACUAUUUAGAAGAAUUCAAUUCAGUUUUUUUUGUUUGUUUCAAAAGUGAGAAAAAAUAUGAUAGAAAGAAAAAAUAACUUCGGAAAGCGCUUUAGUAGUAGUAGUAGUAGCAGCAACCAUAACAGUAAAUUGAUGAAUAAUUCAUCGACAACCAAAUUAUAUGCAUCAUUCAACUUCAGUGUAUGCCUUAUGAAUAAGGAUAGAUAGUUUUAUUUUAUGACUUUUUUUUCUUUUUAAAAAAAAAAAACUUACCCGUUUAUUCGUAAAUCCAUUUCAACUUUUGUGUUUUACUUAUCUACCGGCACAAACAGUGAGAAUCAUCAUCAUCAUCUGAUGGUUGAGAAAUGUGACUAUUUCGAAAGCUUUACGCGAUUUUGUUAUCAAAGCUGUAUAUCUAAAUCUGCGCAUCAGCUAUCCAUCUAUCGAUCGAUCUAUUUAUCUGUCGAUCUAUAAAAAUAUAUUUUCAUUCCACUGCAGAAUGUAUAUGUACAUAUAAUGUGAAAUGGUAUUCUCUUAUGUCAUUUAAUUUUUAUUCACAUGUUAUCAUUUUAUAGAAUACAUUCUAUUCAGUUAAUACAGAUGAACCUUAUUGUUAUUUUAUUAAUUCAUUUUGUAAUGUUAACAUAUUCAUUAUUGAAUAGAUGUGUACAAAUCAGGUAAUAACUAAUGUGCAUUGAAUAUACAGUAUGGAUUGUUAUAAUUGUAAUGUUACCAGUUUACAUCUUAUUCCAAGUACAGUAGACGAAAUUCAUGAAUGAACUUUUAUCAUGGAUCAGAAACAUUGGAUAAUAUUUGAACGAAGACUGUUCUUGUCAAGUUGUACAGUUGCAAAGCCAAAUUCAUCAUGACCCAAUAAACCUGUCUAGUUUAAGAUAAUUACGUCAUUUACUGUUAUGGUGUAUAAAUGUAGGCUUGUUUGUAGAAUAAAA